AUGCUCAAAGACCUUCGGCAGCAGUUGUCAAAGCAGAUCAGUCAUCACAUCGGUCUUUCGUCCGACGCUCUUCUCACCGAGAUGAGGAGUAUCCGUGCAGAGAUGACUGCAAACAUGUCCACGCUGCUUGCAGCCCUUGAGGGCAGGAAGGUGGACUUCUCACCAGUGCUGACAGCCAUCGCAAAGAGACAGUAUGAUUUGGACUUUGCCGCAGUCUUGCAAUCCACAGAAGUUCUUCUGACAGCAGUCGAGGCGAAGACGAUAGACAUAGAGCAGAAAAUUGACGCGGGCGUCUCAUCAGUUAUGAGAGCCAUCGAUGCCAAAAGAGUUGAUGUAGACUUGUCCGAACUUCUACAGGCCAUCCAUCAGCAGAAGCUUGAUGUCGAUUUCUCUGAGAUUACGCAAGCCAUCCGCGAGCAGCAGCUUGAUGUGGACUUCUCAUCAGUCCUGACAGCCAUCGAUGCCAAGAAGGUUGACGUAGACUUUUCUGAAGUGUUGCAAGCCAUCCGCGAGCAGCAGCUUGAUGUGGACUUCUCAUCAGUCUUGACAGCCAUCGAUGCCAAGAAGGUUGACGUAGACUUCUCCGAAGUGUUGCAAGCCAUCCAUGAGCAGAAGUUUGAUAUGGACUUCUCAUCUGUCUUGACGGCCAUCGAUGCCAAGAAGGUUGACGUAGACUUCUCUGAAGUGUUGCAAGCCAUCCAUGAGCAGAAGUUUGAUGUGGACUUCUCAUCUGUCUUGACGGCCAUCGAUGCCAAGAAGGUUGACGUAGACUUCUCUGAAGUGUUGCAAGCCAUCCAUGAGCAGAAGUUUGAUGUGGACUUUUCAUCUGUCUUGACGGCCAUCGAUGCCAAGAAGGUUGACGUAGACUUCUCUGAAGUGUUGCAAGCCAUCCAUGAGCAGAAGUUUGAUGUGGACUUCUCACCUGUCUUGACGGCCAUCGAUGCCAAGAAGGUUGACGUAGACUUCUCUGAAGUGUUGCAAGCCAUCCAUGAGCAGAAGUUUGAUGUGGACUUUUCAUCUGUCUUGACGGCCAUCGAUGCCAAGAAGGUUGACGUAGACUUUUCUGAAGUGUUGCAAGCCAUCCGCGAGCAGCAGCUUGAUGUGGACUUCUCAUCAGUCUUGACGGCCAUCGAUGCUAAGAAGGUUGACGUAGACUUCUCUGAAGUGUUGCAAGCCAUUCAUGAGCAGAAGUUUGAUGUGGACUUCUCAUCUGUCUUGACGGCCAUCCAUUCCAAGAAGGUUGACGUAGACUUCUCUGAAGUGUUGCAAGCCAUCCAUGAGCAGAAGUUUGAUGUGGACUUCUCAUCUGUCUUGACGGCCAUCGAUGCCAAGAAGGUUGACGUAGACUUCUCUGAAGUGUUGCAAGCCAUCCAUGAGCAGAAGUUUGAUGUGGACUUCUCACCUGUCUUGACGGCCAUCGAUGCCAAGAAGGUUGACGUAGACUUUUCAGCGGUGUUGGCAGCCAUUAAUGCCAAGGAAGUCGACUUCUCUGUAGUUCUUCAAGCCAUCCGUGGGCAUAAGUUUGAUGUGGAUUUCUCAUCCGUUUUGACGGCCAUCGAUGCCAAGAAGUAUGAUGUGGACUUUUCAUCGGUGUUGGCAGCCAUUAAUGACAAGGAAGUCGACCUCUCUGUAGUUUUGCAAGCCCUUCGCGAGCAGAAGCUGGACAUACACUUCGCAUCGGUCCUGACAGCCAUAGAUGCCAAGCACUGCGAGGUCGUCAAGGCCCUGGCUGACGUCAGUGCUUCUGUCACUGCCCGUAUUGAAGCCCAUGUGGGCUUUGACAGUUUCGAGGAGGAGCUCGUGGCUUUGCACAAUAAGAUGGAGGACAUCGACGGGAAUGGAGACCAGGUCAAGAGUAUGCUUCAUGGCCUGGGAGAUCAAGUCAGGACGCACCUUCAUGGUUUGGAGGCUUCGAUCACCUCAUCCUUGACAACGAAACACCAGGAGUCCAUGCGCGAGCUGACGAAGUUAGUGAACAACGCCUCGAGAUCCAUAAGCAAGCGAAAGGAGCAAGCCUCCGUUGAUGUAGCUGUGGAGGCAGCUACUGCUACCAGGGCAGCAGUAGCAGCUUCAUGA